AGAUCUAGAGUAAUCAAAAUGUUGGAAGAAAACAUUGCUGUUAAUCCAGAGAAAUUAGCCGUGGAUGAGAGGGUUGAUAAGUUGGAAGCCACAAUGCAAACUCUGGCUGCUACCCUAAAGGCCAUUAGUCUCACUUUGUCCACUUUGACUACCAGUUCGGCUCCUUCACUUGCAUCCUUAAUACCCACAAUACCAGUUCCACCUGUCCCUACCAUUACACCAGGUAGUCGUGCUAAAGAUCCCAUGGUCACACAAUUGCAAUUUCCACCCAUUUCUGAGAAUCAACCUCUAAUGGGGGAGUCAUCUUCACAUGCUCCACAAAUAUCAUCUCUACCCUUUGAAACCUCAUACCCACCACUUGAGAUGAACAAUCCUACCCUUAAUGUACCACCUUUGAUGGGACAAGCGACAGCUAUUCAACCCAACCCUUUGGUUGAGAUAUUGAGGCCUACUUUGGAGGAUGGGAAGUUAAGAGAAGUCGAUCACAAGUUACAACAGUUGGAGGAGGCUCUGAAAGCUAUGCAAGGGCCACAAGCUUAUGGUUGUCCUUAUGCCCAUCUGAAGAUGUAUGCCAGGAAAAUGGCACCUUAUGCUAAUGAUGAAAGGGAUGUGUCUCAAGCUUUCAUGAGGCAGUAUGAAUACAAUAUGAGUUUGGCCCCAACAAGGGAUAGCUUGCAAAGAAUCACCAAGAAAGGUAAUGAGACUUUCAAAGAAUUUGCUCAACAAUGGAGAUCUGAAGCAGCCAAAGUCAUUCCACCCCUUGCCGAUAGUGAAAUCUGCUUUCUCUUUAUCAAGUCAACUACCAAGACUUUCCAUGCAUGGUUAGCUCCUUGUGUGGGAUAUACUUUUGCUCAGUUAGUGAUAGCGGGUGAACAAAUUGAAGAUGGAUUGAAGACAAGUAUUAUUACAGACUUUCAAACCAUUAAGAGGCAAUUAGAGCAAGUCAAGACCGGUAACGCCGAAUCUACUUCAAGGAAGUUUACACCCAAAGGGAAGAAAGAAGAUGAUGAGGCUCUAAGUCAUAUUUUCAUCAGCCAUGCCAAGCCAAUUUAUAAUGUGGCAAAUGUUCCUUAUAAUCGGCAGCCCCAAUUGCAGUUCACUCCAACCUUUAAGCCUACCACUUAUCCUCAAAGGAGGCCAAACUUUAAUACUCAAGCUCCUGUUAGACAACAAUUCCCACUUACAAAUAGACCAAGGCAGUUCACUAGACUUCCAAUCCCUUACAGUGAGGUGUUGAAACAAUUACUUGGAGUAGGUUUAAUGAAGACAGUGCAAGCGGCCCCUAUUCGACCACCUUAUCCAGACUGGUAUGAUCAGCAAGUCAGAUGUGAAUAUCACAAUGUGGUGGGUCAUGAUACCAAAUAUUGUACAACUUUGAAACAUAGGGUCCAAGAUCUCAUUGAUGAGGGUAAACUUCAACUCGAUACUAAGGAAACCAAGGGUGCUCCAAACAUCACUCAGAAUCCUUUACCUCCACAUGGUGCACCCACCAUGAACAUGGUUGCCUUUGAUGAAGUUGAUAGGCCUGUGUUGGAGAAUGCCAAUUCUUGGUCUUUUGAUGAAUUGUUUGCCAUUUUAAUAGAACAUGAUCUUAUUCAGACAAUUGCAUUAGUGAGCUCAGAUGUUCCACUUGUGACAAUAGAUGAUGCUUUAGUGUGUCUGUAUCACUGCAAUAUGAAAGGGCAUACUUUGCAAAAUUGUGGAGAUUUUCAAAGAAAAAUUAUGGAGCUACAAAGAAUGGGAUCUUUGAAGUUCAUGUCUGCUCCAGAGUCAGAGAAAUUCAUAGCAUCCGUGACGGAAGAAUACUUCACUAAGGAGAAGCCUUACAUUUUGCAAGAUACUACAAAAGCGCAAGUUAUCAGUCAGCCCUAUGUCUUGAAGACCUCUCUUAGUGAGUUACUCAUGGGAAAGACAUCGUCUGUGGCUAGGCCUCAACGCUCUACCAUCUUGAAUUCCACAGCUAAUGAUGUGUCUAAUAUGACCCGCAGUGGUCAAUGCUAUGUGAGUCCUAAAGUGGAAGAAUCGAGAAGGACUGCCUUGAAGUCAAAAGGCAUCAGAAUUGAAGAGAUACUAGAAGAAUCACCCAAGAAGCUAGUGUCAAAAAAUGAAGUUGCAGAAUUUCUAAAUAUUUUAGGAAGAGUCCAUCUUGAUGCAUUGCUCAAAGUCUUGAAAGAGGCCCAUGUGCCUAAGAACAUUGAUACUCAAAAGUUUGGGACUAUGGUUGGGGCAAUUUUAGCUCCAAAUUACAUUAAUUUCACAGAUGAUGAGAUCCUUGAUGAAGGAAAUGGGCAUACCAAGGCUCUUCAUAUUUCAGUCCAAUGUAAGAUGAUGAAUGUGCCUCAUGUGUUGAUCGACAAUGGGUUAGCUUUGAAUGUGAUUCCUAUGACUGUUUUGAAGCAGUUGAAAGUGGAUGAGUCUCACAUUAAUCGGUGCAAUAUAGUGGUUCAUGCUUUUGAUGGAACAAAGAGGAAUGUGAUUGGAAAGAUUGAGCUUCCAAUGGAAAUUGGCCCUGUGACUUUUGAUGUGGAUUUCUUUGUUAUGGAUAUUUCUCCCGCUUUUAAUAUGCUUCUUGGGAGGCCUUGGAUACAUGUCGCCGGAGCAGUACCGUCCACUUUGCAUCAAAAGGUCAAAUACAUUGUCAAUGGUGUUCUUGUCACGGUAAAUGGUGAUGAGGAACACAUCAUCCGAAAGGCUACAACCAUUCCUUACUUGGGAGUUGAUCCUGGAACUUAUGAGGUUGUUGCUAAGAUCAUGCUUGCAUGUCACUACCAGUUAGGAAAGGGUUUGGGAUUGAAUGGACAAGGAAUUCUCGAGCCUAUUGAGGUAAUUCAAGCUGGGGGCACUUUUGGUUUGGGAUACAAGCCGAAGAAGGAAGAUUGGCAGAGAAUGCGUGCUAUUAAAGCAGAGAAGCGCUUUGCUAGACUUCAAGGGAGAGAUCCUAGGGAUGAACCAGUGUGGGUGCCACACAUUAGAGUCACAUUUCCACGACCUGUUGAGAUUUUGUGCCCUUCUUUUGAUGGAUAUAUGUAUGAGGAAGCAGUUGUGGAAGACAUCACAGAUGAAGUUUGUUCUGAUGAUGAGGAAGACGGUUUUGGUUUCAACAACCUCUUUGAGCCAGCCAAAAUGACAGAUCCGAAGGAGAGGUGGAGAAGGAUGCUCUUUGAAAGGGCAUUUAUGGAGAAGCACCCCAACUUCCAUCUUGUACAAGCUUCAAUGGGAACACAUGAGUCUGUGCUACUUGAAAUAGUGAAAGAAGAAUCAUUAUGUGACUCAUGGGGAAAUUUGACUAUAAAUGCUCUAGAUGAGGAAAAACUUGAAUUUGAUAGGGGAAUUUCUCUAGUUAAUGGAAACUCUCAGAAGGACAUGCCGGGACUUGAUCCUGACAUCACUAUUCAUGCCAUUCCACUCUAUUAUGAGGCUAAGCUAGUUAAGCAAAAGCUAAGGAGGAUGAAACCAGAGGUUUUGUUGAAAGUCAAAGAAGAAGUACAAAAGCUGCUAGAUGUCAAUUUCAUUGAAGUAGCUAUGUAUCCGGAAUGGGUGGCCAACAUCGUUCCUGUAAUGAAAAAGGAUGGCCGGGUUAGAGUCUGUGUGGAUUAUAGAGACUUGAACAAAGCAAGCCCCAAGGAUGAUUUCCCAUUGCCUCACAUCCAAAUUAUGCUAGAUAAUGCUGCCAAAAAUACUCGGUUCUUUUUUGUUGAUGGCUACUUUGGGUACAAUCAGAUAAGGAUGAAGGAGGAGGACAAGCUCAAGACUACAUUCAUCACUCAAUGGGGUACCUUUUGCUACAAAGUUAUGCCUUUUGGACUCAAAAAUGCCGGGGCAACAUACCAACGCUUUGUGAUUGCUUUAUUACAUGACUUUGUGCAUACCAUUGUUGAGCUAUAUGUUGAUGACAUGGUGAUUAUGUCCAAAGAAGAGGUGCUACAUACAGAAAAUCUCAAGAAGGUGUUUGAACGCCUUAGAAAAUACCAACUGAGACUCAAUCCUACCAAAUGUACUUUUGAUGUGGAUUUCGGAAAGCUACUUGGCUUCAUUGUGAGCUGCCGAGGAAUAGAGAUUGAUCCAGCCAAAAUAAAAGCCAUCGAUGAAAUGCCACCACCAAAAACCCAAAAGGAAGCCAUCAAAGGGCAAGCAAUUGCAGAUCAUUUGGCCGAACAUGCGACAGAGGAUUAUGAGCCUAUUGAUUGGGAUUUUCCUGAUGAGGACAUUUUGGCAUUGGAGGCAGAAUCUGAUUCAGAUAAUUGGAAGCUCUUCUUUGAUGGAGCUGUUAACCAGCUUGGUUGUGGCCUUGGAGCCCUGUUGGUAUCCCCAAAGGGAGAUCAUUUUCUUAUCGCUAUAAAGCUUGAUUUUGCUUGUACCAACAACAUAGCCGAAUACGAAGCUUGUAUUGCAGGAAUACAUGCUGCUCUGGAUAUGAAUGUCCGAGAUUUGGAGAUAUAUGGUGAUUCAGCACUGAUCAUAUGUCAAACAAAUGGCGAUUGGCAAACCAAAGAUCCAAAACUUAUUCCCUAUCACCAAUACCUUGAAACUCUCAUCAAGAAAUUCAGAUUCAUCUCUUUAAACCAUAUGCCCCGUGCCAAGAAUCAGUUUGCAGAUGCUUUGGCAACUUUAGCCUCCAUGAUCCAAAUCUCCAGUGAUGAUGUAAUCAAGCCUUUGAUGAUUGAAAUUAGUCAAGAACUGGCACAUUGCAUGGAAAUCAAGGUUGAUGACAACCAUGGUUUCAUGAUAUUAAACAAUUCUUGCAAAAUGGGGAACACCCUUUAUAUGCUCCUGAGGUGUGUUGAUGAAACAGAAGCAAAACAAGUCAUGAUUGAGGUCCAUGAAGGGAUAUGUGGAACGCAUGCAAAUGGAAGAAUGCUUGCUAGAAAAAUUCUUCGGGCUGGCUAUUAUUGGUUGACUAUGGAACAUGAUUGCAUCAAAUAUGCACGAGCUUGUCACAAAUGUCAAAUCUAUGUUGAUCAUAUUAAUGCUCCGCCUUCAUUAUUGCAUAAUAUGUCCGCUCCUUGGCCAUUCUCCAUGUGGGGCAUUGAUGUGAUUAGGGCAAUUAAUCCUAAAGCUUCCAAUGGUCAUCAAUUCAUCUUGGUUGCUAUUGAUUAUUUUACCAAAUGGAUAGAAGCAGCAUCUUAUGCUAGUGUUACAAAGAAGGUGAUCACUCGCUUCAUCAAAAGAGAGAUCAUCUGUAGAUAUGGGCAACCAGAGGCCAUCAUUACUGAUAAUGCAAGCAAUUUGAACAAUGAUAUGAUGACUGCACUAUGCAAGCAAUUCAAGAUCAAGCAUUUGAACUCUUCUCCAUACCGACCAAAGAUGAAUGGUGCGGUGGAAGCUGCCAACAAUAAUAUUAAGAAGAUUCUAGCUAAAAUGGCAGUCACUUACAAAGAUUGGCAUGAAAUGUUGCCAUAUGCUCUCCAUGCUUAUAGAACCUCUGUUCGCACUUCAACUGGGCAACACCUUAUUCCUUGGUAUAUGGAAUGGAGGCAGUAUUACCAAUUGAGCUAGAAAUCCCUUCUAUGAGAAUCUUAUCCGAGUCAGGGAUUGAUGAAGAAGACUUGAUUCAGAAAAGGAUAGAUUAUCUCAAUUUGCUUGAUGAAAAAAGAUUGGCAGCUCUUUGUCAUGGCCAAUGCUAUCAGCGACAAAUGGCAGCAGCUUACAACAAGAAAGUCAAACCUAGAAU